AUCCGUCGUCUCUGCUUGUGUGGCUGCCUGCAACGAAGUUUCUUCCUUGUCAACCGGAAUGUGAAAUGUGCAUGUUGAAUGUUUACCGGGCGGCAAAUAAGUGAAUAUGUGUCAAUAAAGUGGCUUUUGCAAUAGCUUUUGCUAUUCUAAAAACUAAACAUGUAAUUCUGGGAGGUUCUCCCUCAAGUCUGUAUUUUUUACGACUGAUAUAUCUGUAUCCGUUUACUCCUGGAAGCCAGAUGUCAAAUUUUUGGACGGCUGCUAAUUGUUCCCGGUGGGCAGAGGCAUUUUAAGGGGCGAUUCCCUGUUUGCAAAAAUAUUUUCGUGCAAAAAAGAAAAGCUCUGAUUCGUCUUCUCCCUGUGCAACAGACCAUAGCGGACAUGUUGAGGAAGGUGCUGUCGUGGUGUUUUCUGUACUGUCUGGGUCUGUGUGUCCAGACGCCGCUCGUAGUGUCGGUAAAACCAGCGCCUAGCGCCGCCCUAACUUUGAUAUGGGGACCCGGACUGGAGGCUAACAUUGUUCUUCCGGCUCGUUUCUUCUUCAUACAGGCUGUAGACAACGGAGGGAGAAAUUUUACGGCAUCUCCAGGUGAGAACACCUUUGAGAUAAAAAUCGUCGCUCCAGGUGAGCCGUUCUCUCGGAUCUGGGUUCAAGUCCUGGACCGCAGGGACGGGUCCCUCCUGGUCCGCUACAGAAUGUAUGCUAGCUACCCGUCCCUGCAUGUGGAGGUCCUGCUCAAAGGCGCACACGUGGCCAAGUCGCCUUACAUUCUCAAAGGUCCAGUGUACCAUGAGAACUGUGACUGCCCAGAAGUUAGUGUGGAGAAAUGGCUGGAGCAUAUGCACUGCCCCUCCUCCUUCCCUCAAAUCCAGCAAGAUCUCUCGUACUUCCCUUCUGUUGACCCCGAUCGCAACGCGCAGGACAUCCCACGCCGAUUUGGACUGAGGCAAAGCCUCUGCCACUACACCAUCAAAGAGAACCAGGUUUACAUCAAAACACACGGGGAACACGUGGGCUUCAGAAUCUUCAUGGACGCCUUCCUCCUCUCACUCACAAGGAAAGUCAAGGUGCCAGACGUAGAGUUUUUUGUAAACCUUGGGGACUGGCCCUUGGAGAAGAGGAGGCCUCCAGACAUUCUGCACCCCAUCUUCUCCUGGUGUGGCUCCAAUGACACGCGGGACAUCGUCAUGCCGACGUACGACCUCACUGAGUCCGUACUGGAGACCAUGGGCAGGGUGAGCUUGGACAUGAUGUCAGUGCAAGCCAACACGGGACCUCCCUGGGAGGAGAAGAACGACACGGCCUUCUGGAGGGGGCGGGACAGCCGCAAGGAGAGGCUGGAGCUGGUCAAGCUGGGCCGUGCCCAUCCCAGCCUCAUGGACGCCGCCUUCACCAACUUCUUCUUCUUCGAGCACGAUGAGAACCUCUACGGCCCGCUGGUCAAGCACGUUUCCUUCUUCGACUUCUUCAAGUUCAAAUAUCAGAUCAACGUGGACGGCACUGUUGCGGCCUACAGACUGCCGUACCUGCUGGCUGGAGAUAGCGUGGUGCUGAAGCAGGACUCUCUCUACUACGAGCACUUCUACAGAGACCUCCGGCCCUGGGAACACUACAUCCCCUUCAAGAGUGACCUCAGCGACCUUCUGGACAAAAUCCACUGGGCCAAGGAGCAUGAUCAGGAGGCAAAGAAAAUUGCCAAGGCUGGCCAGCAGUUUGCCCGAACACAUCUCAUGGGAGACAAUAUAUUCUGUUACUACUUCAGGCUCUUCCAGGAGUAUGCCAAACUCCAGGUCAGUGAAGUAAAGAUUCGGGAGGGGAUGGAACUUGUGGAGCAGCCAAAAGACGACCUGUUCCCCUGCUUCUGCCACAGGAGAAAGGUCAAAGACGAGCUUUAACGGGCAGAUAUUCCGUCCAAACGAUAAUAAAAUAAUUGUAUUUUAUCUGAUUGGAAUUUUAUUGGAUUGUAAAAGCCUUGUUUUAAGCACAUUGUUAUAUUCUGUGUACAAUGUGUUUAUUGAAUGUUAGCAUUUCUACAACAAAUAAAUGUUUUAUAUUAUUUGUAUAACAAA